AUGACAACCACCGCUCCUUUCGCCGAGCCACUAUGGCACUACCGCAAUUCAUCGCCAUACUACGACAACUCCCAUAAGAGACUCCGUCAAUUUGUACGCGAAUAUGUUGAGAACGAUUUGAUGCCACAUGCAGAGGAAUGGGAGCGAGUCGGUCAAGUCCCUGAUGAGGCCGUACGAAAAUAUGUCGAAAAAGGGUUUGCUAUUGUAAAGCCUACGAAGCGGGAAUAUAUGGGCGGAAUAUCCAUGCCCGCUGGCAUUGAACCAGAGAAAUGGGAUGUAUUCCACACUCUUGUUGUUAAUGACGAGUUGUCAAGGGUAGGAUUUUCUGGAAUCCUCUGGGGCAUGAAUGCCGGCAAUGGCAUCGGCUGCCCCCCAAUUAUCAAUUUUGGGAACGAAGAACAAAGAUUAAAAUACUUGCCAGGGGUAUCUCGAGGAGAAAUUCGUUUUUGUUUGGGAAUCACUGAGCCUGAUGCCGGGUCUGACGUCUCCGGAAUAAAGACCAUCGCCAAGAGGGUUGGAAAUAAAUAUGUUGUAAACGGGUCGAAGAAAUGGAUCACAAACGCCAUUUUUGCGGACUAUUGCACCGCUGCUGUUAGAACCGGAGGCCCAGGCCGUGGCGGAAUUUCGUUACUUAUUAUACCUUUGGCUUCACAAGGGGUUUCUCGAAGGAGAAUGUAUAACUCUGGAGUCAACGCUAGUGGUUCUACAUUCUUGGAAUUUGAUGAUGUGGAAGUACCUAUAGAAAACUUGGUUGGACAGGAGAAUGAAGCGUUUAAGUAUAUCAUGUCUAACUUCAACCCCGAGCGACUCGGUAUGGCGGCAGCCUGCAUUCGCCUAUCCCGCGUUUGUGUCGAAGAUGCGUUUAAUUAUGCGAUGUCGCGCGAGACCUUUGGCCGACCUCUCAUUGAGAACCAGAUUAUUCGUGCUAAGUUUAGUAAAUUUGGCCAGCUCAUUGAGCCUUGUCAAGCUUUUCUAGAACAGCUUGCCUACACUAUCCAACAAAACGAGAGACACAAUACAGAUGUUGACGUCGGGGGCAUGACAGCACUUCUGAAGGUAAUGUCCACUCGCUGUUUGGAGAAGGUGUGUCGAGAGGCCCAGCAGAUCCUUGGAGGAGCUGGCUAUAACAAGGCCGGUAGGGGGGCGAGGAUCGAAGCUAUCAGCCGUGAUGUUAGGGUGUUCGUCGUCGGUGGGGGUAGUGAAGAAAUCCUCAGAGAUUUGGCUGUUAGGCAGGAGUUGAAAUUUCUCUCUGACAUACAGCGGGCCAGGAUCUGA